AUGUUGUGUGUAGUUUCGUUCAUGAUUUUCCUUUUCGGAAAUUCCGCCAUCUGUCAAAUCAUCCGGUUGGAUAAUGAUGUCGCCGCAGAUGUCCGAGAUUCAAAUAUUCGCGGAAGAUUUUUCCCGCUGUUCAGUGUUGUCCGUUUUGCAAAUUCGGAAUGCCUGGCUAGCAACAAUUUAAAUGGCACCUGUUUCACCAGAAAAGAAUGCCGUGACUAUGGUGGGACUGCCUCUGGUAGUUGCGCGAAUGGACAUGGUAUUUGCUGUGUCUUUCAAAAAUCAUGCGGGUCCACUACAAACGUGAACAAUACGUAUUUCACAAAUCCAGAAUAUCCAACCACUUAUGACGGAGCAGGACGAUGUACAAUAACAGUGCAGCGUUGUAAUUCGAAUAUAUGUCAGUUACGCCUGGACUUUUUGGAAUUUAAUCUUGCCUCGCCAAAUGCCAGCGGAAUUUGCGAUUAUGAUCUUCUUUUAGCUUCUGGAUCAUCGACGUCUGUGCCUCGAGUUUGUGGAGAAAAUGCAAAUCAACAUGUAUAUGUGGAUUUUAAUGACGCGACACCGAUUAUGUUAUCAAUCGACACGAAUUCCGAGUAUUCUACAGAACGUCGUUGGAAUGUAAGAAUUCAGCAAAUACCAUGUGACGCCACUUACAAAGCACCAAACGGAUGUUUACAGUAUUAUACCGGUGUUUCAGACGUCGUUACAAGUUUCAAUUACGGCACAACACAGAAUCCAAGAGCACCAGAAAUUGGUACACGACAGAUAGCAAAUACAAAUUAUGGUGUAUGUGUAAGAAUGGAGCAAGGGUAUUGCGCCAUAGAAUGGUCGCAAACAACGCCAAAUUCAUUUUCUGUUUCCGGAGAUACAGGCUCCUUUGAUUCUACUAUAAUAGGUACCGAGUUUGCAGCAGAAGCAGGAACAAAUUGUACUAAAGAUUUCGUUAUCAUUCCACAUCCAUUUCAGAACGGUAUGGCAGUUGGUGCGGAACGAUUUUGUGGUAACGGCUUUGUGACAAAAACAUCAUAUUCAAAACCGUUUGUAUUAUACGUUGUCACAGACGGAGAUGAAAUAGGCGAAAUUGAAAAUAAAGGAUUCUCAUUGACGUAUCGUCAAAUACCUUGUGCGGUUUAA